AUGGAGUGGCAGGGGCACCACUAUCAUGGUGUUCUGCAACCGCAACCUAAACGUUGGCCUCUCGUGACGUUCCGCCGUAAGGCUGUUGUUUGCUUGUCUUUAGUUUUCUCCUGUGCCUGUGCCUGCCAAUGGAUUCAGGCGGCGCCAUAUGGUGGAGGCAUAGUGGGCGACGCCCAUGUUGAGGAUGGGAGAGGUGACUCCUUGGCUAGGUCCUAUGCCAUUGGCGACGCCCUUGGGCAAAAUGGAGGUGGCGUUUGUAUGAGGGAGAAAGAGCAAGAGGAAGACUGGUGCAAGGGAGGUGCCCUUGAAGAGACAAGUGACGCCUGCGGUGCGCUAGGCCGCGCCAGCUGCACCCCAGGUGGCGCCCAUGUUCUGCCAGGUGGUUCCCCAGGUGUGAUCCAGGCUUCCUUUUCACGAAGUCAGUGAUGGAAACGGUACUCAAGUUGCUGAGUUUCUUGCUCCAAGUGACGGUGGUGACUUGGAUGCUAGGGGCAGCUUCGGGAAACAUGAAGGUAAGUCUGGUGGCACUGUGGGUAGUGCCAAGAAGGGAUCAAUUAGUGACUUGGAUAAAACGAGCACUCGAGGUAUGUUUCCUGGUAUUCAUUUUUACUCUUCUGUGGUUAUGGGUACUUUCUAGCUCUGUCUUAACUUCGAAUUUUGUGGGU